AUGACCAGGAUGAGCGCCCUGACCGUGUCGGUGUUUAUUGCGUUGGUCAUACUCUUUAUUUUCCUUCUCACGCCGCCACGGUACCCUCGCCAGAUUCCUUCGGUUCCCUUCUGGAUUACUCUGCUACCCUUGUUCUUCGAGAUUGACCAACAGCAGAUCUUCAGUCAAUAUAUUGCUGGGCCUUUGUAUAAACAUGGAGCAAUCAAGAUUUUCUUUGGUGGGCAAUGGAAUGUGAUAGUUCAACGACCGACAUAUAUCUCCGAAGUAUUCAAGAAAGAGCACAUAUACAACAAAAGUGGCAACCAAAAGAAGAUCCCACAUAGCAUGCUAGCUGAGUUCCUUGGUGAGAGGAGUAUUUGCCCCACAUUGAAGAGUCCGGCUGAGACAGCAAACUAUGACCUGGUUGCAGGCUCCAAUAUAAUUUCGGCACGAGAUGAAGAGUGGCGUUGCUACCGCGCCGUGAUCAAACCUGGAUUGCAGACGUUUUCCCACCCCAAGCCUAUUCUCGAAAAUGCAAAGAAAUUAAGCAACAUUUUCUGGCAGCUCCAGGGACAAUGCACGGAAAAAGGGAUCUUGAUACAGGAUGUUCUUCAGCGAUAUGCCAGUGCGAAUCUUCUCUGCUGCAUUUUUGACUGCUCAGAGCUGAGUUCUCAGAUGAUGAGCAUUGAACACGAAGUUCCACUCCAUACCACUCAGCUGACCUUGAAGAGAUAUCUAUUUCGCCCCAUUUUUAUGAGCUUUCCUGCGCUAGACCGGCUCGCAUCGGUAAUACCCUCUCGAGUUAAGGCUCGCAAGUUGAUACGGCAAUUCUCCGACUUACUGCAAAGCCAAAUCCUGAAUAAUCGUACCAGAGAGGGGGAGAGAAGUGCGAAAAACAACUGCCUCGGAGACCGACUCAUUUCCGCGUGGCGUGAUGGGACUUUGACCACGAAGCAGCUUCGGGAUAAUCUCAACGUUCUUUACGUGGCCGGCCAAGAGAACCCACAACUGCUUAUGAUCUCGUCCCUCUAUCUGCUGGGGAAGUAUCCGACGAUACAAGAAAAGCUCCGACAAGAGAUCAAAGCUUGCAACAUAAGCGACGCCUCCACCACGGAUUGGCGGUGCCUCCCGUAUCUGACAGCAACAAUCUUGGAAUGCCUUCGACUAUUGCCACCCAUCUCGCAGCUCAUUAACCGGCGUGCGGCCGAGCCAGUAUGGCUUGGGGGCAGUAUCUACAUCUCCAGGGGCACAUAUAUUGGAUACAAUAGCUAUGCCACCAACCGGGAUCCAGACUCGUGGGGACCAGAUGCCGAUGAAUUGCGGCCAGAGCGAUGGGGCACUACAGAUGAGCAGAUUUCCAUGAAGUAUCGGAGUGCCAAGGCGCGUGCUGAAUUCAUAUCUUUUCAUGGCGGGUCUCGCGCAUGCCUAGGGGAGAAAUUCGCUCUCUUGGAAAUGAGGGUCACCCUUUUUGUUCUCGUUAAAACUCUCCGGUGGGAGUUAGAUCCAGAAUGGAACGAAAAAAUCACUCCCGUAUGUGACUCGGCCUCCCCACCCCUGUAUAACGCUUACCACAAAUUGACUCUACAGGCCGGUCCCUUGUACCCACGAGGUGUGCGUCUUAUUUUCGAGAAGCUCUAA